ACAGCCGAAACCGCAACAGCAGCAGCACGAGGGCGUGGCAAGAAGAAGGCGGAAGGGAAUUGGAGGCGCGCCUCCAAAUGCUCAUUGAAAUUUACGAUUAUGCUGCGAAAUUAUUAAACAAUAUGACCGCAACAACAGCAAGCAUCAUUAAUAAUCUAGCCAGCGGGGCGGAAGGAACAGCUGGAGUGGAGGGAGCGGAGCGAACGGAGAGUCCAAGUCCCACGAUGGCCACAAAUCUAACGUCCAAACUGCUGCAGGCGACAACGGGCAACAUGAAGACGCUGCUGAAUCGCACGCUGGCCACAAUGGGCGGCCAGCGUGGCACAUUGACCACCCUGCUGCUCCAGGGCGGCCUCGGCACGGACUUGGCCAGCGGGCAGCGAAUCCGGCAGCUGGCCCAUGCCAAUGGCAGCGUGCAUGCCACGGGCAACGACAGCGACAGCCAUGGCCAGGAUAUGUACAAUGCAUUUAAUGUGACGUCGCCGUCGCCGUCGUUGUCGUCGUCCUCAGCGCACUCAGUCGGCUUCAUCGAAUCCUCGACCACGGCCGCCAGCACAGUGCUGAGCAGCGCCAUCACCAAUCUGCCAACGACGAGUGGCCCGGCCACCACGUUCCCAACCCAGACGAUGGCCACCAUCAUCGCGGCCGGCAACAAGAAUCGAGCCACCACCAUUAUCCUCUAUCCAACGGUUUCACCCGAAUCGAUUGUCAUCCCCAUCGUUUCGUGCAUCUUUGGCUUCCCGAUAUUGGCGCUGAUCGUCAUCUGCUGCCUGAGACGUCGAGCCAAGCUGGCCCGGGAGCGGGACAGACGGCGCAACUAUGAUAUGCAGGACCAUGCUGUCAGCCUGGUCAGAUUUAGUCCAAUUCAUAGGCUUAAUUACCGAUCGUCGAGAGCUAUCAGUUUACGUCCUGAACGAAGCCUAAGCCAGGGCUUCACCUCAGUGGAGCUGGACACAGUGCUGGAGGAGCGCUGCAGCGACGUGGAGCAGACACAAACCGAAAUCAUAAAUCCCGAAUCGCCCAUGGACACCACCUCCUACAAGAUGUCCUUCUCUUCGAGCUAACAGUUAGCAGUAGCACAACAGCAACAGCAGCAGCAGCAGCAGUCGACGUCGCCGACAGCGCAGCCGCAGACAGCAGCCAUGGCUAUGCAGCUGCUGCCGCCACGUUCGAUGUCAUCGACGCUGACGCCGCCGCUGCGCAAAGCGGGCAGCGUGCGCGAAUCUGGCGAGACGGCGGCGCUAGCCAAGCGACGCAGUCGCCUGCAGGAGCUGCGCGCCGCAAGCAGCAGCCAGGCCAGCGAAGCGGCCAUCGCGUUUGGUGUCGGCAAGCGCGAUUCGAAGCGACGCCAUGGCGCCAGCGCCGGCGCCGACACCAGCAGCGGCAGCAGCAAACGCUCAGCAGCGGCCGCCAUGCGCAAAUCACAGUCGCUGGACGCCGCCGAAAGCUAUUCGCUGGCCAGCAUUCAGUCGCCCCUCUGGGUGACGCUCACCAAUGCGCGCACAAUUGAGGAGCUGGCACAGCAGAAACUGUAAAUAUUUUACAGACAACAAACGGGAAACGAAACGAAGAAGCAACGGAAAGAAGGAAGGAAGAUCAAAAAUACCCCACCAACCAACCAGGCUUGUUGUUGUUGCAGCUGUUAAAUGUUAAUGAGGAGUUACCCCCUCCAAAUCCGCAUUAUGAAAUGAAAUCCAACGGUUUUUCCUAUAUAGUCCAAAUAGCUGAAUCCACCUUGUAAAUGUGUAAGCAAAUGUAACUGCAUAACGAGUAUUCAACAAUUUACAACAUUAGCAAUUGCAUAUAGUUAAGCUAAUGACCAAAAUUAGUUCAAAAUAAAGAGAAAAAUGUAA